AUGAAGAAAUCGCCAUUGAAAACCUCCAAGAGUUCCAUUAAGGAUAUUAGGACAUCUACCAAAUAUGAUCAUCAUGAUAAGGAGGCCAUGGGCCCCAUCAUCAGAAGUGUUUCUAUGUACACAGGCCCUAGCAAACAAAGGAUGGUAGCUGAGGAUAUAAUUCGAUACGGAAAUCCAAAAGUUGCUGCAGAAGUAUUCACAUUUCGCGAAUUGGCCCAUGCAACAGAGAAUUUCAACUCAGAACUUCUAAUUGGAGAAGGAGGAUUUGGAAGGGUCUACAUGGGAAGACUUAAGAAAACAAAUCAAAUUGUAGCCGUGAAGCAACUUGACAGAAAUGGACUUCAAGGGAAUAGGGAAUUUCUUGCAGAAGUAUUGACACUAAGCCUUGUUAACCAUCCAAACCUUGUAAAUCUUAUAGGAUAUUGUGCUGAUGGGCGCCAACGAAUUUUGGUGUACGAAUUUAUGCACAACGGAUCAUUAGAAGAUCAUCUCUUUGAUAUAUGCCCAGAGAAGAAGCCUCUAGAUUGGUAUACUCGGAUGCAGAUAGCCAAAGGUGCAGCUCAAGGGCUUGAGUACUUGCACGACACAGCCAAUCCGCAGAUCAUCUAUCGUGAUUUAAAAGCAUCUAACAUCUUAUUAGAUGAAGAAUUUAAUCCUAAGCUCUCUGACUUUGGACUUGCUAAGUUAGGUCCAACAGGGGAUAAGGAUCAUGUGUCGACAAGGGUCAUGGGGACCUAUGGCUACUGUGCUCCUGAGUAUGCAAUGACAGGCCAGCUGACUACUAAAUCUGAUGUAUACAGUUUUGGAGUUGUUUUUCUGGAGAUCAUUUCUGGAAGAAGAGCUAUUGAUAAUACAAGACCUACCGAAGAACAGAACCUGAUUUCGUGGGCAAAACCGCUUUUCAAAGAUAAAACACUUUUUACAACAAUAGCUGAUCCGCUGCUUGAAGGGAAGUACCCAAUGAAGGCUCUUUAUCAAGCAGUUGCUGUUGCAGCAAUGUGCCUCCAAGAUGAAGCCAACACAAGACCUUUGAUUGGUGAUGUAGUUACUGCCCUUGAAUAUUUAGCCGAGCGGCCGGAUGAUGGAAACUCCAGCGAAGAUGAAGCAGUCAUAGAUUUUCAAUUAGAGAAGUAG